AUGCGAGGAAUUGCAGAGCUGCUGAUCCCCCAGCUGGAGUUCCUCAACCAGGAAGGAGCGCAGGCCGAGGUCUGGGCGCUGUCGAGGAUACUCCUCGACACACUCGCGGAAGAGACUGGCCAGGUAGUUAAGGCCGUCUUCCCUGACGCUGGAGUGGCUGCCCUUCUGAAGCAUCAGUGGAAAGAUGCAAAGUUCAAGUGUGCUAGUCUUAGUGACCGAAAGCCAGUUGAUACUGAUGACGGAGUUGUUGUUAUGAUUAUCCCUGAUCACCAGAUGCUUGAAUCUGUUGAACGCAUCGCAUCUCAACUCGCUGAUGAUCCCAUAAGACCUCUUGUCAUGUGGAACCCACGUCUUGUUAGUGGAGAUGUUGGAGUGGGAUAUAAUGUUCGGAAUCUACGCAGAAAUUUCUUAAGAAAGUGGAAAGUGUUCUAUGAUGAUCCAAAAAGACCCAAUCGGUAUUUGCUCGCCAGAGAAUCUUCGAGUCGUCCUGAUGCAACAGAUAUUGAGUACUUGAUAAUAUUUGGUGGUGGCGGCGCCAGUGAGCAACCUGAAGAGGAGCCUUCAAUGAUGACCAAUGUCAUGGCCGCGUUUAGCUCAGUGAGCCGGUUUAUGAGAGUCAUCUCCAAGUGA